UCCGCGUGAAACAAAGUGUAGUGUCCGCGAGACUCCGUAGGAAGCGAAAAGAGAGUAAGCGGAGGAAAGGAGAGAAUGGAGCGACUGAACCCACGACAACCGGAGGAAUACUAACAAGCCGAGAGAAGAGUGACAUAAACGCGAGCCGCGCAGGAGGAGAGGGACGGAGCGAGUCGCCGAAAAUCAAACUUUUCCGGGAGGGAAACUGUUACAGAGUCGCACACAGAGCCACGUUUGAAAAACAUGGAUACACUUUUACUCUCUGUGAGCCUGGGACUCCUGGUUGUCUGCUCCACGGUCUCCGGGGAACUAUCGACAGCUCACAUGGGGCGCGCUGAGAAGGGAAGCUGCACAUUCGACGAGGGCUUCUCUCAGUGUGAUUACCAGCAAGAUCCCUACGAUGACUUUGACUGGACGCACAUCAACACCCAGGACGUCCCCUACGUCUCACCAGAGCUGCCACAUGGUUCCUACAUGUACGUGGACGUGUCCCAGUUCCAGUUUGGAGAAAAGGCCAGAUUUCAGCUGCCCGUCAUGAAAGAGAACGACACGCACUGCAUCGACUUCAACUAUCUCCUCACCAGCCCCGACGGCUCCAGCCCGGGAACCCUCAACGUCCUGGUGAAGGUCAACAAGGGUCCUUUGGCCAACCCCAUAUGGAACGUGACGUCAUACACUGGUAAAGGCUGGCUGAAAGCUGAACUGGCAGUUUCCACCUUCUGGCCCAACGAGUAUCAGGUCAUAUUUGAAGCAGAGGUGUCGGACAGCAAAGCCGGCUUCAUCGCCAUUGACGACAUUCAGGUGCUCAGCUACCCAUGCGACAAAUCCCCCCACUUUCUUCGACUUGGGGACGUGGAGGUGAACGCCGGACAGAACGCGACGUUCCAGUGUAUCGCCACGGGACGAGAUACGUCAAACAACAAACUUUGGCUACAGAGGAGAAACGGAGAAGAUAUUCCCGUAGCUCAGACCAAGACCAUCAACCACCGACGCUUUGCCGCCUCCUUCCACCUCAAAGAAGUCACCAAUCAGGAUCAGGAUCUGUAUCGCUGCGUCACCCAGUCUGAGCGCGGCUCCGGGGUUUCCAAUUUCGCAGGUCUCAUCGUCAGAGAGCCUCCACACCCCAUCGCCCCGCCCCAGCUGCUCGGCGUCGGCCCGACGUACCUACUGAUCCAGCUCAACGCCAACUCCAUAUUUGGAGAUGGACCCAUUAUCCUGAAGGAGGUGGAGUACCGUAUGACAUCAGGCAGCUGGAUCGAGACUCACGCCGUGAACUCCCCCAAUUAUAAGCUGUGGCAUCUGGACCCCGACACCGAGUACGAGAUCCGAGUCUUGCUCACCAGACCAGGAGAAGGAGGGACGGGCAAAGCCGGACCACCGCUCAUCACCAGGACCAAAUGUGCAGAACCGAUGCGGACGCCAAAGAGGCUGAAGAUUGCCGAGACCAGGUCUCGCCUGAUCGCCGUGGACUGGGAGUCGCUAGGUUACAACAUCACUCGCUGUCACACCUUCAACGUCACCAUCUGUUACCAUUAUAUGACGGCCAGCAACCGCAGCAAGGCCGACUGCUUGGACAUGGACCCUAAAGCUCCACGGCACCUGGUGGGAAAUCUGCCGCCCUACACCAACGUCAGUCUGAAGAUGAUUCUCACAAACCCGGAGGGACGCAAAGAGAGCGACGAGACCGUCAUUCAGACUGAUGAGGAUGUUCCAGGUCCAGUUCCCAGUCAGUCGCUAAAAGCCACUCCAUAUGAAGACAGAAUUCUUCUCUACUGGAAGGAACCGGCUGAACCCAACGGAAUCAUCACACAGUAUGAGAUCAGCUACAGCGGCGUGCGUUCAUUUGACCCCUCGGUGCCUCUGCAGCGGCCGGGACUCACGGUGUCUCUGCCUUCAAACGCCACCUACCACCUGUUUCCCCAGCUCCACCCGGGCGUCACAUACCACCUCUCUAUACGAGCGUCCACCUCCAAAGGAUUCGGUCCGGCGACCACGCUGAACGUGUCGACUAACAUUUCAGCGCCGACGAUUGACGAGUACGAUGCCGCUGAAGCUUUUCUGAAUGAAACUGCGACAACCAUCACUGUCCUGCUCAAACCUGCCCAGGCCAAGGGAGCACCUAUCAGCGCGUACCAGAUUGUGGUGGAGGAAGUGAAUCCCCGACGGACCCGGCGCCAAGCUUCCUCCGACUGUUACGAGGUUCCAGUUUCAUACCACAGCGCCUCUAGUGGUGGAUCUCCAUAUUACUAUGCCGCCCAGCUGUCCCCCAGCAACCUGCCUGAGCCGCUGCCUUUCACCGUGGGAGACAACAAGACUUACCAGGGAUUCUGGAAUCCUCCGCUGGCUCCGAGGAAGAACUACAACAUCUAUCUUCAAGCUGUGAGCAGCACAGAGCGGGAAAGUAAGACGCAGUGUCUGAGGCUCGCUACUAAAGGUGCUACCGAGGAGCCAGAAGUCAUCCCUGACCCUGCGAAACAGACGGACCGCGUGGUAAAGAUUGCUGGCAUCAGUGCGGGUGUUCUUGUCUUUAUUCUGCUGGUGUUGGUAGCCAUCCUGUUGGUCAAGAAGAGGAGGACCUACUAUUCAUACUCUUAUUACCUGAAACUGGCUAAAAAACGCAAGGACGCCAUCGGAACGACGCGGCAGGAAAUGACGCACAUGGUGAACGCCAUGGACCGCAGCUACGCCGACCAGAGCACUCUGCACGGAGAAGACCCGAUGGCUGUGACGUUCAUGGACUCGCACAACUACAACAACAGAUUGCCCAACGAUCCUCUGGUUCCCACCGCUGUGUUAGUUCCAAUCACAGACGAGAACCACAGCGGCUCGCAGGCGGAGAACAGCAGACUUCUGGAUGUUCCUCGUUAUCACUGUGAAGGCACCGAGUCUCCUUAUCAGACAGGACAGCUUCACCCUGCUAUCAGAGUGGCCGACCUGCUGCAACACAUCAACCUGAUGAAAACAUCUGACAGCUAUGGCUUCAAGGAGGAAUAUGAAUUGGUGAUACAGAGCUUCUUCGAGGGCCAGUCGGCCUCCUGGGACGUGGCCAAAAAGGAGCAGAACCGCACCAAGAACCGCUAUGGGAACAUCAUAGCAUAUGACCACUCGAGGGUUAUUCUUCAGCCCAUCGAAGAUGACCCCUCCUCCGACUACAUCAACGCCAACUACAUCGAUGUAAGUGGAAACGCAUCGAAUGCUACUAUUGGCUCCCAACGAAACCAACGAAACCACACUCCCUCGCUCAUUUGGCUGUACAGGGAUGGCUACCAGAGGCCGAGUCACUACAUCGCCACUCAAGGUCCUGUUCAUGAGACAGUGUACGACUUCUGGAGGAUGGUGUGGCAGGAACAGUCGGCCUGCAUCGUCAUGGUUACUAAUCUAGUGGAGGUGGGAAGGGUCAAGUGCUACAAGUAUUGGCCCGAUGACGCAGAGGUGUACGGAGACUUCAAGGUGACGUUUGUGGAAGUUGAACCUCUUGCCGAGUAUGUGAUUCGCACCUUCACACUGGAGAGGCGUGGAUUCAACGAGGUGCGCGAAGUCAAGCAGUUCCACUUCACAGGCUGGCCUGAUCACGGCGUUCCAUAUCAUGCUACGGGACUGCUUUCCUUCAUCCGCAGGGUUAAAAACUCCAAUCCACCGUCUGCUGGUCCCAUCGUCGUCCACUGCAGUGCCGGAGCCGGACGCACAGGCUGUUUCAUCGUCAUUGACAUCAUGCUGGACAUGGCCGAGAGAGAAGGUGUGGUUGACAUCUACAACUGUGUGAAGGCUCUUCGCUCUCGGAGGAUCAACAUGGUACAGACUGAGGAGCAGUACAUAUUCAUCCAUGACGCCAUACUCGAGGCUUGUCUGUGCGGAGAGACGUCCAUACCGGUCUGUGAGUUCAAAGCUGCUUUUUACGAGCUGAUCCGCAUCGACUCCCAGACCAACUCCUCACACAUAAAGGACGAGUUCCAGACGUUAAACUCGGUGACUCCGCAGCCCCAGCCCGAAGACUGCAGCAUCGCUUUGUUGCCUAGAAACCAAGAUAAGAACCGCUUUAUGGACGGCCUUCCUCCUGACAGAUGCCUGCCCUUCCUCAUUACAAUAGACGGCGAGAGCAGCAACUACAUCAACGCCGCUCUGAUGGAUCUGUCAGAAGAGUUCCAGAGCUACAGACAACCGGCCGCGUUCAUCGUUACCCAGCAUCCUUUGCCCAACAGUGUCAAAGACUUUUGGCGUCUGGUUUACGACUAUGGAUGCACCAGUCUAGUGAUGUUGAAUGAGAUUGACCUGGCUCAGGGUUGUCCUCAGUACUGGCCAGAAGAGGGCAUGCUACGCUACGGCCCUGUCCAGGUGGAAUGUAUGUCCUGCUCCAUGGACUGUGAUGUCAUCAGUCGACUCUUCAGAGUCUGCAACCUCACCAGGCCUCAGGAGGGUUACCUGAUGGUUCGCCAGUUCCAGUACCUGGGGUGGGCGGGGCACAGAGAAGUCCCCGCCUCCAAGCGCUCCUUCCUGAAACUGAUCCUUCAGGUCGAUCAGUGGCAGCGCGAAGGGGAGGAGGGAGAAGGAAGAACCAUAGUGCACUGCCUAAAUGGAGGAGGGCGUAGCGGAGUACUCUGUGCCUGCAGCAUUGUGUGUGAAAUGGCCAAGAGACAGAGCGUGGUGGACGUCUUCCACGCCGUCAAGACGCUGAGGAACAGUAAACCGAACAUGGUGGACACUCCGGAACAGUAUCGCUUCUGCUACGACCUGGCGCUGGAGUUCAUCGAGUCGUCCUAAACAAAGGAGAGACGAGGAGAUGGAGAGAAGCGGCCAGAACACCUUUUCACUUCCCCUCGUGUUUGAUUCUUUGCUUUCAUUUGCUCCUUGCAUCGCUUCUUCACAUGACACGAGAGAAACUGGCUCCAGACAAAACAAAGGGAAAGAGAAGGAGCAGCGAGGAGAGUUGACUCCUCCUCUGCUUCACAUAGAGCUUUCCGAGUGCCAGAGAGCCCGUGUAUGUUUCCUGGGCUCCAUUUAAAUGUUAUGCUUCUCCUUCACGUGGACUGGACGCCUCAUGCUGUUUCAGCUGCAGUACUCCGUGUGCACUGUAGGUGUCCCACUCCUUUGCUCAUGCAAGAUGCAGCCACAGCUUUUUAUUAAAAAAAAAUGAAUAAACUGCAGUCACUCGGUGGCUCCACUCGUCCGCUUGCUCUCACGCUAAAUUUCUGAGUAACUUAAAGUGAGUGAUGUUUUGAACGUUUGCAGCCGACCUUUUUUUUUUGUACAAGAAAGAAACAUCGUGGCCAAACUCUCUGUGAAAGCUUCUCUUUAACGCUCUGUACAGCAGCAGCAGCAGCAGCAGCAGCAGCAGCAGCUUCAUGUUUCUGGUCACAACAUAAUCAUGUGUUUGAGUAUGUAACUGCCAUUUUGUCCCCAUUGGUUACACACAGAAAAGAGAAAAGUCAUUAUUAUACGUUUGCUUUUUUAGCUUCUUAGAAACAAGACUGACAAACGAAUCAAAAACAUCGAUCAUGUUUCCAUGGGGGAGUUUUAGGCUUUUAGUUUUGUUUGUUUGUUGUUGUUUUUUUACAUCAUGAAGUGGCAACUUGAAAAAAUGUGUAGGAUUUUCACUAAAAAUGUAUCUUUUUUUUAAAAACAAAAAAGUUGAAUAUGUAUCCUUGUUUGUGCAGAGUUGAUUUGUGAUGUCUGAUUGCUUUUUCUUUUGGAGGAUUUGAAGUCGUCUUUGUUCCCUCUGCUCUGUAAACAUCGAACACUUUUCAUUCUCUUUUUGUUCAGCCGUUGUAAAUUUAGCUUCAUCACAUUUUGUUUCAGGGCUGGGCCCAAUGCACUUUCAAUUCAGCCAAAUUCACAAAAUGGGAUAUCUUUACCAAAAGUGCAAAACACAAACAGAUUUAAACAUUGACUGACAGCAACAAAUCUCCUUUGUGUGUUGAGAAAGGGAAUUGGAAGUGAACUGACCCCAGGCUUCAUUUGUUUUGUGCACUGGUGGCCAAACGUGUACGUUGUUUUUUUUUUUAUUAUUCUUUGCAGCUGAUGUUUAUUCAUAAGCCAAAGACUUUGUGUAAAUAUGUCUAUAUGGAUAAAGCACAUUGUUUGUAUUUAUUGUUUUGUUUACUUGCAUCGCUUGUAAGAACAAUCACUCUCCAUUCCAUUGUUUACCACCAGCGUUUCUUAGAACUGAGGGUCAGGACGCAAGUUGGGCUCCCGGGUCGGUUUCCCCUGCGGAGUCUCCAGAGUAUUCCUUUAGUCGGUCCUUAAUGAGUCCUGAGGUAAGAGACGAAGUCACACUCAAGAACCCCCUGGUUAGACGCUGUAUAUUAAAGCAUAGACGUUGUUUUUUCAGUAUUUAGGUGGAAUUCAGUAGUAUUGUCUUGUUUUUUCACUUAAUGGAUCUCUGUGAUGUUACCGUGGUUUCUUUGUGUAAAAGCCCAUUGCUCUGUGUGUGGUCGGUAGAACAUCCGUGCGUUUGCAGAGUAUUUUUUUGGAUAAAAGCUCCGAUCACCUCUUAACGUCUUAGUCUUCGGGGGGUAAGCCGUUUAUCUUCACCCUUGUAUAUCCCCCGCUCGCCGUUACUCCUGGACACACACACUGGACUCAGUGAUGCAAACAGGCUUAGCGAGCGGGAAGAAACACAUUUAUCGUGCCUAAUUAUUUGAAUUUACUUGUUGAUACGAGCGUUUUAACAGCUGUUGAAAGCGGUCGGAUCACGGACGGAUCAUGAUUCAGUGUUUUCAUUCAUCAUCAGAAUUCUCCAUGAACGAAGCAACGCGGUUCUUUUUGUUCACAAAAAAAGAUUCCAAAACAAAAAAAAAGGAAAAUUGUAUUGUAAAUAAAAUGUUAGAUGUUCCACGUGGUUGGAACAGGAGGAGAAUCCCUGCUCGUCAGGACGUUACUGUAAAUAGACUUAUCAUGAAAAACUUCUAAAAAAAAAAGGCUCUAUUGUUGGAAUGAACAGUAGAGAUUUAAAACGAUGGAUGCAAUGUCAGAACAUUGGUUCUGUUGUAGAUAAAAAUGUCAGAGAUUGUACUCCUGGAGGAUUCUGCGAUUUAGAAAAAAAACAAACAGAUAUUGUUUAAAAAAUCUUUAGUCAUGAGUAGAAAACUUUAUUCUGUUGGUGGAUCCUCAGUGUCCACUUUCUUUUCCCCAGAUGUCUGGAGAGAAAAAGUUUAGAGGCCAAUUCACUACGUUGCUACAGUCGUACGUUGCCUUCAGUGGUUUGAACAGUUGGACUAAACUGUUGUUUGUCUCUAUAGCAUGCAGAGAAAAGUGAAGCAGUCAGUGACAAGUCGUGUGUCAACGGGGAAUUUAAAAAAUAUAUAUACAGAGAGAGAGGAGGGGGGAACUGUUGAGAUGCCAAUAAUUCCUUCCUUAAAGAAUCUGAAGUCCUGGCCCCUGAGGAGUCGUGAAUGACGCUGGUUUCUGGGUGAGAGGCCAGUCUGAGUGUACAACUGACAUUCAUGGUUCAUAAUUAUUCUUGUCUGUAAUGUUUGGCUUCUUUGCUGUAAUAAAGACCACUUCUUUAAUUAAAAAAAAAA